UGUUUUAUGUUCGCCGACCCAUAAAUAAAAGUACAUUGCGGCAGAGUCCUUGGCAACAGACCAAACCAAAACCCAACAAAAGAUUUCUCAUAAAGCUUCUUUUUUUUUUCUCCGCUUCCCUCUCCCAUGGCGAUUACUCGUAUCUCACAUUCUUCUUCCGACAUCAUUCUCAUCCUCGCGUUCAUGUCCAUUAUCGUCUUUACGCAGCAGCAGCAGCAGGACUCGACGCCCCCACUCGCCCUCGACCCGUCCGAGCAAGAGGCUCUCUACCGAGUUCUCGAGUCGGUGAACUCGGCCAUUCCAUGGCGUACCAUCUUCCCCGACGACCUCUGCUCCUCCGCUCCAGACGGCGUCGUUUGCGACUUCUUCUCCUCCGAAAACGGCGUCGUAACGUCCGUCCACGUCACCGAACUCAGCUUCGGCUAUGUCUCCGACUAUUCCCCGAACCCGCCUUGCUCUUCCAAUUCUACCCUCGACCCGCUUCUUUUCACCGCCUUCAAGCAUCUCCGCAAGCUCUUCUUCUACAAGUGCUUCACCGGAUCUCGAGUUCCGGCGCCGGGAACCAUGCCGGAGGGUUUCGGUUUCUCUCUGGAGGAAAUGGUGUUCAUGGAGAAUCCAGGCCUUGUCGGCGAGCUCGGUGGCAUGAUCGGUAAUUUCACAAAGCUGAGGAGACUAGUUUUGACCGGAAACGGGUUGUACGGAUCGAUUCCGAGUCAAAUCGGCGAUUUGGUGAGUCUGCAAGAGAUUACGCUUUCCAGGAACAGUCUGAGUGGCAGAGUCCCUGGGAACUUGACCCGGUUGAAAAACCUAAAGGUCCUUGACCUGAGCCAUAACUUUUUUGACGGAAAUGCCCCUGCUUCCAUCGGUGAUCUCGUGGAGCUCCUCAAGCUCGACCUCAGCUUCAAUGGGUUCUCCAGCGAGAUUCCCUCCGGCGUCGGGAACUUGAAAAGGAUCGAAUUCUUGGACUUGAGUUACAACCGCUUUUCGAACUCCGGCGUUCCUCUGUUUCUUGGAGACAUGCCCAGACUGAAAGAGAUUCAUCUGAGCGGGAAUCGGCUCGGAGGGCGUAUCCCGGAAAUUUGGAGGAAUCUGGGGGCUGUUCUGGGAAUUGGGUUCUCGGGGAUGAGGCUCGAAGGCAAGAUUCCAGCUUCCAUGGCGGCAAAUCUGAGAAACCUGUCUUAUUUGUUGCUCGACAACAACAGGCUCGAAGGGCAAGUCCCCCAGGAGUUUGGACUUUUGGAGUUCGCCGGCGAGAUCAAUCUUGAGAACAACAAUCUGAGCGGCACAGUGCUGUUUCCCGAUGGCUUCACGGGAAGAAUCGGUAAGAAACUCAGACUUGGUGGGAACCCUGAUCUCUGCGUCGAUCGCGGAACAAAGAUUGAUUCGCAAGAUCUGAAAUUUUGUCCGAGACGGGACAACGAACUGGUCUCUGCCCUCUCCAGAGAUGGUUUAUCUUCCUCUCCGAUAAGCGCAGCAUUUAGGUCAGCAUACAGCAGUCGGAUGUUGGUGGCUAUGGUCCUUUACGUUUUCUUCGUCGGAAGGGAUUAGGGUUUCGAUCAAACAGUGGAAACAGAGACAUGAGAAGAGAAGAUUAAUGAAAUGUUGACAAUGCUGACUUUAGACUGGGAUUUUUUCUUUUUUAGUGUAUCGAGAGCUGACUUUUGUAGCAGAUAUGUAAUUAUGAGUUUUCUGCGAUAUGGAAUUACGAAAGAGGUCAUCUUAUGCAUAA